AAAAAAAAAAAAAAGCUCUGUAGUAAUGUAAUACACACCAAACUGAGCAUGUGUAGAGUGACUCCACACGAUAUGUCUUAUCAGGAGAUAAGAGGGGAACACUGGAAGAAGGGGAGGAUCAGAGGAGUCAGGAUAAAACAGCCUUUUUAUACAGCGCAGAGGAUUAACCCCUUAGGUUCCACAGUGAAUAUAACAAGCAUGCUUUACUGCCUGGGGCGGACUGACAACUCAUGGGGCCCCUGGGCAAUAGGGGAUCAUGGGGCCCCUGUGUCCUUGCCCAAACUCAAAAAAGCCUAU